GCUGCUUAUUUAGUCAGCUUUCAAGAACUUAAAUCUGCUCCAUAUUUAUAUAAUAUUCUCACCGUCCUUUAGAUUGGAAGUAUCCUCCUACUACACCUGGAUUACCAAAAGGAAAAUCUUUAUGUAAAUCUAGCUCCUCUAAGCAUCUCUGUGUCAAAAUGGACAACGACGUUGAUAUUACAAUUUAAAUAUACUAAACACUAGCUCUAUAUAAAUCAUCUUCGAUCACCAGCUCCCAUAGCGAAGCUCCAUAAUUAGAAAAACCUUUUGAAAUUAAGUUCACAAGUUUCAUCCAAGUGUGUCUGCAGUGCAGAAAGCUAGCUACAAAUUAAACAUGAAUGGAGGUCAUCAUCACCCUACUUUCCCUCUGCACUUAUGUUUCUUCCUUGGUGUAUUGCUCACGUUUGUUGGGUUUUCAUGGUACAUUAACUACGAGUCUGUGCUGGAGAGCAUGUUUGAUCAGGUGAAACUGGUGCUCAUGGUGUCUCCCUUGCUGUUGUUACUAGUGGUGCACUGGCUUUCCAACGAUGACCGGAGGCGGUUGCCCUCUCUCAUACCCUUACCUGAAAAAGACUCCCUGCAUAGGGCUGGAGGAACUCCAUGGGGAGUUGGAUUUCUGCUUGUUUUCCUGUUUUUUAUGAUUUCUUACCAGUCUUACUUUCAAGAACGUUGGUUUCCUCUUCUAAGCAGAUAGCACCAGUUUUACGUAAUCUACUUUUCUGUUGUUAUUAUAUGUGUAAACCAGGUUUCUGCAGCAGCAGGAGAGUUCUGGAACUUCUGAAAUGGCAUCUUUCUUUUCCCAUAUUGUAGUGAAGUUGAAUUAUAUACAAACGGAGUUGUUACAGUUUUA